AUGCGGGAAAUAGGGGCAGACUCAGCUGAACAGGGAGUAGUACAAACUUCUCUCGAUGUGGGCAAAGCCUCUUUAGGCUCGAUAAGGAGGUUUUCCAGAACUGCGCCGCUUGCCGUCGCAGGCGCAGCGGUGUUGCUUUUCCUGUUGUUCAUAGUCAUUUUCGCAGAUGUCUUGGCGCCCCAUGAUCCAAAUACAACAAACUACAAAAUAAUACGACAACCCCCGUCCUGGGACCUCCCGUUGGGCGCUGAUCAUCUUGGCAGAGAUGCACUAAGCCGCAUCAUCGUGGGCAGCCGCACUUCCCUGUUGAUAGCCUUCACUUCCGUAUUGAUUGCGAAGAUCAUCGGCUUCUCAUGGGGAACGCUGAGCGGCUUCAAGGGAGGACAGUUCGAUCUGAUAAGCCAGAGGUUCCUGGACGUUCUGAUGUCCAUACCAUCGGUCAUCUUAGCUCUGCUGCUUCUGACGGCAGCCGGCAGCGGAGUCUUCACGGUCAUCAUCGCAAUCUCAAUUGGCAGUAUAGCGGGCACGACCAGGAUCAUCAGAUCCGUGGUGCUCAUGGUCAAGGAGAUGGACUUCAUCACGGCCGCCCAGGCAAUGGGCGCUUCGCCGCUGCGAAUUAUGCUCAGGCAUAUAGCGCCUCAGACGGUCGCGCCGCUGCUGGUUAUCGCCAGCGCCAGCCUGGGAGGCGCGAUCUUCGCCGAGUCCGCGCUGAGUUUCCUGGGACUGGGCAUACCACCGCCAAACGCCAGCUGGGGCGCAAUGCUGAGUUCGCGGUCAGGCUGGGCAAGACCCUUGAUACAGUGGUGGCUUGUCGUUUAUCCGGGCUUGUUCAUUACCAUAACUGUGCUGUCUUUUAACAUCCUGGGCGAUGGACUCAGGGACGCUUUGGAUCCUCGUCUCAGGGGCAGCCGUGAGUGA